AUGGCGUACUCAAACGUCUUCCUCCUUUGGUCGGGGUUCACAGGUAUUGUCCUGUUGACGGUCCUGGGUGUUCUCAUUCACGAUGUGAUUCUAUGGAAGCGUCUACCCCCGGGCCCUCGACCUUUGCCUUUCAUUGGCAACAAACUUGACAUUCCAAAGCAGUAUCCAUGGAUUCAGUUUCAAGAAUGGUCCUACAAGUAUGGGCCGAUUUUCACAUUGUGGUUUGGACGGCGACCAACCAUCAUUAUUUCGGAUCCAAAUGUGGCUGCUGACCUGAUGGAAAAGCGUUCUUCCAAGUACAGCUCUCGUCCCCGAUUCGUGGUCAUGGGUGAACUUUUAUUCGGCAACUCGGGCAUUCUGGUUGCACCCUACGGCAAGGCAUGGCAGCUGCGAAGAAAAGCCCUCCAUGCUGCCCUCACCCCAAGAGCCCUGUUGAACUAUCGACAAGUGCAGGAAGCAGAGGCGACCCGGCUGUGUUACCAGCUCCUCGAAACACCACAAGACUACGAACCAUUGAUAGACCGCAUGACAGCAUCGAUUGUCUUCACCAUUUCUUACGGUCAUCGUGUCGAUAACCUGCACUCGCCCAUCAUUCGACAGCGCCUGAAGAUGAUGCACAGAGCGGCAGCAUCCAACGUCCCUGGUCGGUAUCUCGCCGAAUCGUUCCCCAUCCUCAAACACAUCCCCGACAUGUUCGCAGGAUGGAAACGGGAACUCAAGGCUUGGGGUCUGGAGGCGGAAACAGCUGACCGCCAGCUACUCCAGUUUGUGCGGGAGGAUAUGGAGAAUGCAAAGCUACCAGGCGCCCGGUCCAUCCCAAACAGUCUGGCGAAACAGCUCAUCGAAGCUCGUGACGCCGACCCUGCCUCUUUUGCGCUACUGAGCGAACGUGAUUUUGCUGGCUUGCCAGCAACCCUAUUCGGCGCUGGUGCAGAUACCACAGCAUCUACUCUGUGUUCUGCAGUUCUGGCAUUGAUCACGAACCAAGACACUCUACACGCGGCGCAUGCUGAGCUCGACGCAGUCAUCGGGCUUGACCGGCUCCCAUCGUAUGACGAUGAAGCAUCACUGCCAUAUCUUCGUGCGCUGUGCAAGGAAGUCUUGCGGUGGCGGCCUGUUGCUGUGCUCGGUGGCACUCCCCAUGCAAGCUCAGAGGCAGACACAUAUCAGGGCUACCACAUCCCGAAAGGCACAAACAUCCUGGGUAACACAUGGGCCAUCAAUCGGAACGAAAACUAUUAUCCCAAUGCCGAUCACUUCAACCCCUUGCGCUUCCUGGAUGUCGAUCCUCGCUCCCUUGGCUACCUGCCGGAGAAGUACGUGGCGAGUACGCCCAUCGAGAAAGGACGCCUCGCACAUCCCAGCAAGGCCGGCCACAGCUCUUUCGGCUGGGGCCGUCGAAUAUGUCCCGGUGCUGACUUGGCGAGCGCAAACUUGUACAUCGCUCUCGCACGGUUGCUUUGGUGCUUCGACUUCAAGCCUGUCAAGGGAGUUAUCUACAACACGUACGACUACACCGGUGGAUUCAAUAUCCGACCAAACCCGUUCAAAUGCGAGAUCACCAUCCGAAGCCCGAAGCAGGAGGCAGUGCUUAGAUCUGAGUUUAAGGAGAGCCAGGAGUUCUUGUUCGACAACUUUCCAUUGUUCAAAGAGCAUGAGAUCGUUGUUUAG